AUGAAACAAAUCGCGCGGAAUUACGUUUGGUGGGACACACUGGACGCGGACAUCGAGCGGGUGGCGGAGCAGUGCGCCGCGUGCCGCGCGCAGCGCUCUGCGCCGGCGCCCGCGCCUCUGCACUCGUGGCCGUGGCCAGGGGAACCCUGGGCGAGAUUAAACUUAGACUUUCUAGGGCCUUUUAAUAACGCAUACUAUUUAGUUAUAAUCGACGCUCAUUCUAAGUGGAUAGAGGUCGAAAAAAUUAAAACUGGAUCUGCCUCUGUUGUAAUCAAUUGCUUACGAACAUUGUUCGCACGUUUCGGCCUGCCGAAACAAGUAGUCACCGACAAUGGGCCACCGUUUUCGUCGGCCGAAUUCGGCUCUUAUCUCAGACGUAACGGAAUUCGACACACCUUAGUAGCUCCUUAUCAUCCGGCCAGCAAUGGCGCGGCCGAGAAUGCGGUGCGUACCAUUAAGCGAGUGUUGAAGAAAGCCGUUAUCGAGAACGAGAAAGACGUCACGGCUCUCAGUAGGUUUUUGUUCAUGUACAGAAAUACUGAACACAGCACUACUAAGAAAGAACCGGCAGUGGCGCUUCUAGGGCGGCGGCUUCGCGGUCACCUCGACCUGCUGCGGCCCGACACCGCGGACGUGGUGCGCACCGCGCAGCGGGCCAGCGAGCGGCGCAGCGAGGGCCACGCGUUGCGGCAGGGCGAGCCGGGGGCCGAGGUGCUGGUGCGAGACUACGCGCGCGGAGCGCACAAGUGGGCCGAGGGACAGGUGCUUGCGCGAGAAGGGCCCGUAUCUUAUGUAGUGCGAACGAGUGACGGCCGCACACAUAAACGACACGUAGAUCAACUGCAUUUCAGAAAGUCGAGAUUUACGCUCAGUGACAUUGACGAUAAGGCACCCACACCCGUCUCACAUCAGCCAGCGGACAAAGUCCAGGUAGACAUCCCGGAAGUCACAGGGUUGCCCGCUGAUGAUACGGAUCAGAAUGACGGGGAAGGUGGAGGCGAGGACGAGUAUGGCACGCCGCCGGGGACUCCGACAAAACAUGACGAACGUUGUCGCCGGAAAGCUGCUGUCCGUUGUUUAGAAAGAUUAAAACAAAUUUAA